UCAGCUCUGCAGCGCAGUUGCCAUCCUCCGUCUGCCUCUUGUCUGUAACGUCCAACAACUUUUCCAUUUUCUAUUUUUGUUUUUUAUUCGCCUCAUUUGCGCCGUUUGUUUCGUAAUUUCCAAUCAUGAUCAGAGCGCGUUGUAAGAAGCGGGUUACAAACCAUCAGCAUCAAGGCCCCGAGUGUUGAACAGACAGAGAAGUCGGCGCAGGAUGUGUUGACAUCUCCUCGCUGUUCCUCUAGUUCUCCUCUCUGAAAUGGAGCUCUCUUUGCAGGGCUCCUCUUCAAACGCAUCCAGACUGUUCCACGACUACAGCAUGCCCCUAAAUGCCACUGGGAAUUACACCAACGACCAAUUCACUGAAGCCAACCUCUUUCAAAUCCUGGGUCCAAAACGAUCUCCCUUCUUCCUCCCCGUGACCACUGUUUACCUUCUCAUCUUCCUCACCGGCCUGUCUGGGAAUCUGCUCACAUGUGCAGUGAUAGCCAAGAACAAGAAGAUGCGAAACCCCACCAACCUCUACCUGGUGAGCCUGGCUGUGUCGGACCUCCUAAUGCUGUUGUUCGGGAUGCCUCUGGAGAUCUACGACCUGUGGCAGAACUACCCGUUCCCUUUUGGCGAGGGCGGCUGCUACUUCAAGACCUUCCUUUUCGAGACGGUCUGCUUCGCCUCAAUCCUCAACGUCACAGCGCUGAGCGUGGAGAGGUAUAUAGCUGUGGUGCACCCACUCAAAACGCGGUACCUGUCGACUAACCAGCAUGCCAAGCGGGUCAUCACCAUCUUGUGGAUGGUGGCGAUGAUCUGUGCUAUCCCCAACACCUCCCUGCACGGCAUCUUCUACCUGCCAGAGAGAAUGGAGGAGUCGGCCAUAUGCACCGUGCUGAAGCCCCUGUGGAUCUACAACAUGGUCAUGCAGAUCACCACUGUGUGCUUCUAUUUCGUGCCCAUGAUGAUGAUCAGCUUGCUGUACCUGGUGAUGGGUCUUCAUCUGUGCAGAGAAAGGCGGCAGCCCAGCGGCAACCUCGGAAAGGCCGUUCAAAGGAAGAUCAGUGCAAACGGGCGCAGGAGACAGAUCAACAAGAUGCUCUCGAUCGUUGUGGCGGUGUUUGGAAUCUGCUGGGCACCCUUUCACAUCGACAGGCUCCUGUGGAGUUCCAUUAGCCAGUGGACUGAUUUGAUGCACAACAUCUAUCAAUACGUCCACAUCCUGUCGGGCGUCUUCUUCUACCUCAGCUCAGCAGUCAACCCCAUCAUCUACAGCCUGCUCUCUACACGGUUCAGGGAAGGCUUCCGAGAACUCGUUUGCUCCCAGACGGAGGAUAACAGCUCUGUCAGAGACUCGCCGCCAUUCCCUAGGAUUUUACUGGAACCCUCUGUGCCAAGUGCCAGAGCUCAGGCUGAGAGUAAGGACUCUACUGCUUUUAUUCCCUUGUUGACUCCUAACAUGACACUGAGCAUGGACACUGCAAUCCUCACGCGUGCAUGUAAAGAGACAGCCUGCAAGACUUCUGUGUUCUAA